UCUCUAGCAAAGAAUAAAAAAAUGGUGGUGUUCCAAUGGGAUAUAGUGAAUAAUUUUGGUCACUAAAUGUUUACAGACGAUUCAUGAACCUUUGCUCUUUUCCAAAUGUGAUUGUAAAUAAGACCUUUUGUUUCAUUCAUAGUGUAAAACUGAUAUUGGAUUUUAUUUCGUUUAGUUACAACAUCCUAACCAAGAACAAAGCUGUGAGGUGCUGUUGCAAAGGUGCAAUGUCUGCUCCUAAGGAUAGACAUACGUACGACCGAGACAGCAGUAGUGAUACAGAGGACUAUCAUGACUCUGAAGACAGACGUCGCAGAGUAUUCAAGAAUCGGCUGAGCUAUGGGUCGCUUUCAAAGCCAAAGCCUUGCCUCGUUCAACGUCAGCCCGGAAGCCCCGCAGAUAGCAGACAAUUAGUGGAACGCUCUCACUCAGUGUCCACUCCAAAGCAGAGUUUGAAUUCCGCUCCUAGGAACAGGUAGGAUUUUGCAUCCUUUG